GCCAGAGCUGUUCGACGCGCCGUGACGAACGAGAACGAUGAGAACGCCGCCACCACUCGUCUGACACGCGCAAAGGCCGCCGCUCUGUCUCAACCCGACGCGCUUGCCGCCGCCGACCCACCUAAGAAGGCCGCCCUCGGUGUGAAGCGUGCCACUACCACCAACACCACUGCUGCUGCCACCCAGCCUACCAGAAGACGCGCCGCCCUCGGCGAUGUCAGCAACGUGACCAAGAAUGAGACCAUCGACACAAAGGCUGCCCCUGCCAAGGGUGGUAAGCUCAGAGACGCACAGAAGCCUACCGGCAUCACCAAGCCCUCGACCCGCACCACUUCGACCCGUUCUGCCGCUUCCAUCAAGAGUGAUGGUGCCGAACCCAAGGCCAAGAGGCCCAUGCCUCUCUCAGGAACCUCUGGCAACGUCCCCAAGGCCAAGAGACACAUGGCAACCAAGAUCCCCAAGGUGGACGAAGACUUCGUGAAGGAUGCUGUCAAGAUCGAGGCUAUCGAGGAAGAGGAGGAGAGCACAACCCCCAAGGAGGAAGAGGAGUUGGACGAGCCUCUGCACAAGACUUUGGAGCAGCUGGCUGCCGAGGCCAAGGACCUGGACUCUGAGGAUCUUGACGACCCUCUCAUGGUUGCCGAAUAUGUUCACGAAAUCUUCGACUACAUGAAGGAGCUCGAGAUCACAACACUGCCCAACGCCGAGUACAUGGACAGCCAGGGCGAACUCGAGUGGAAGAUGCGCGGUAUCUUGGUCGACUGGUUGCUCGAGGUUCACACCCGCUUCCGCCUUCUGCCCGAGACUUUGUUCCUUGCUGUCAACAUUAUCGACCGCUUCCUCUCGACCAAGGUUGUUCAGCUCGACCGUCUCCAACUUGUUGGUGUCACUGCCAUGUUCAUCGCUUCCAAGUACGAGGAGGUUCUGUCUCCCCACGUCCAGAACUUCCGUCACGUUGCCGACGACGGCUUCACCGAGCAGGAGAUCCUCAGCGCAGAGCGCUUCAUCCUNGCUGCCCUUGACUACGACCUGAGCUACCCCAACCCCAUGAACUUCCUUCGCAGAAUCUCCAAGGCCGACAACUACGACAUCCAGACACGCACUCUUGGCAAGUACCUUCUCGAGAUUGGCUGCCUCGACCAUCGCUUCAUCAAGUACCCUCCUAGCCAUGUCGCCGCCGCUGCCAUGUACCUCGCCCGUCUCGUCCUCGACCGUGGCGAAUGGCAAGAAAUCGAACCUGUCUUCAAGCUCAUGGUCGACUACCUCCAUGGUCCCGUCCAGCACGACGCCUUCUUCCGCAAGUACGCUAGCAAGAAGUUCCUGAAGGCCUCUAUCGUCCUUCGCCAGUGGGCUAAGAAGUUCGCNCCCCUGCACCUGAACGACUGCGAUCGUGACGGCAGCGAGACUCCUCAAAUCUAG